AUGGUGGGCUACACCCUGCACAACCGCUUCAACACCGUAAUCAUUGGCAGCUCGCGCGCCCUGGGCAACCCCAUCACGCUGUACGACUGCCCGCGGCUGCUGAUGGGCUACGACAUUCCCGUCCCAACCCCCGCGGCUCCGCGGCUCGCAGCGGCAGCGGCGGAAUCGGCGGCGUCGGCGCGCGGCGCGGCCGACGCGGUCGCGCCAGUGACAGUGGAGCUGGUCUUCAAGGCGGCCGGCAAGGCGGGCGCCGGCGCGCCUGUAAAGGCGGCGCAGGCGCCGGCGGGCAGCCCUGUCCAGCCGCGGCGGCGCGGCGCGGCGCCGGCCCGUCACGCAUAG